AUGGUCCAGUGUCCCGCGGACUCCCCUCGGCGUCAACCCAUCCUUCAGCCCGUUACUCCGUCUCCUUCCCUCCUUAAAUUCGCUCACUCUCCCCGACCCCGUCAUCUCUCUCUCUCUCUCUCUCUCUCUCUCUCUCUCUCUCAUAUUUCAUCGCUCUCUUUCUCAUUCUCUAUAGCUUGCGACCUCGCCGUCAGCUCUUCUCUGCGUUAUAUUGCUGUCUCAGGUUCUUCUUCUUCCGCUCCCUCGGGUUCUUCUUCUUCAGCUCCCCUCUCGGCGACGCUUCCCCUCUGGUUCUCUACAUGGAGGCAAACGAACACGCGGUUCUUGAUUUUUCUCCCUUUCAAGACCAAGAUGAGCUUCUUCCCGUGCAUCGCUUGUAGCGAUGAAUCCUUUUCGUUGCCAGCUCCAAAGCAGUUGGGUUAUGGCCCUCCUGAGGAUUUGUUCGGCCUCGAUAUGGAACCCAAGCGGAGCAAUGGCAGCUCUCAAAUAUCGGAGCCCAGGUCAUGGUUUGGUCCAAAUGGACAGUACAUCAAAGAGUUACCUUGCCCAAGCUGCCGGGGAAGGGGCUAUACUCCUUGUACAGAGUGUGGUAUUGAAAGAUCAAGAUCAGACUGUCCAAAGUGUAGUGGGAAGGGUAUUGUUACUUGCCACCAGUGUUCUGGAGCUCGUGUUACUUGGGAAGAGUCAAUUGAUGAAAGACCAUGGGAAAGAGCACGUUCCAUUUCCCCACUCAAAGUAAAGGAAGAUGAUGAAGUUGAUAAUUUAGACAUAAAGCUGGAUGUGAAGAAAAAAUCAAAGCGGAUUUACCAAUCACCGUCUCCUGAAGUUGGAUUAAAGAUUAGUCGCUCAUUAAAAGAUCUCAAUGCAAAAACUGGUCUGUUUAGCAAGAGAAUGAAGAUUAUCCAUCGUGAUCCCAUGCUUCAUGCACAAAGAGUGGCUGCAAUUAAGAAAUCCAAGGGAACUGAUGCAGCUAGAAAGCGCACCUCUGAAACUAUGAAAGCUUUCUUUAGUAACCCAGAAAAUCGCCAUAAAAGGAGCAUUGCCAUGAGAGGAGUGAAUUUCUUCUGCCAAAACUGUGGAAGGGAAGGGCAUAGGAGACACUACUGUCCAGAACUGAAGGGUAGUUUGGUGGAUCGGCAAUUCACGUGCCAGCUAUGUGGGGAAAAAGGCCAUAACAGAAGAACAUGCAGCAAGUUAAGGAUAGGCCAUCGGAACGGCAGAACUGUAAAACUUCAUCGCUGUAAAAUAUGUCGUCGAUAUGGCCAUAAUCGCAGGACCUGCCCUCAGUUAGUUGGUACAUCCAAAACGACAGCUUCUCCAAGACCAUACAAGUGUUGUUUGUGCCACAAGAAGGGACAUAAUAUCAGGACAUGUCCUACAAGGGCUAUUAGUGUUAAACAACAUGCUCAAGAUUAAUAGCAUGAUCUUCUGCUACUUGAGCUAUUUUUUUUUUUUUGUGACAAUUAAUUAAGGUAAAUAUAGAGAUACUUUUGUUCAAUUUUGAAUUCAGAUAUUUUCACUUGUAAGUAAAUUCUCAGGAAAUCAGGUCUCCUUUUUUUUUUGCCGUCUCCA